AUGAGCGCGCCUCGCGUCAGUCUCCUCCCGCCCCGCCCAGGACUCGAUAACGCGCAUCAUGGUCCCGCGCAGGCAAGUGGAAUCAAGCUCUUCGACACACCGACGCAAUUCCACAAUCCAUGGAAGAGUUUCCGUAUGGCCACACCCACAGACCUCUGGACAGCGUACCAGAAGGGCGCGGCCGUAGCUCCCGCCCAGUCGUGCUGCUCUCCAGCUCAGACGCCGGGACGCAACUCGCCCAGCCUUGCCAGUGGCCCCUCAGCAGCCGAGGGCCAGAACAAGGACGUGAGCAAGUCCGAGGCCACUCUGGUCGACACAGAUGCGGCUGCCAGCUCGACGGUCGCUGGGUCGUCGUCGAAGGACGCGGAUGGAGAGAAAGACGGAGAGGGAAGGGAGCAGGACGGAGAAGGCACCGAGGACGGCGAGGAAGACACAGGCAAGACGUACGCCGAGGAAUGCGGCGAGACGCUGAACAGCCAACACCCCCAGGAGGAGAUUACAUGCUACAUCCGCCCGGAGCUGAAGGACAUGGCAGCCGACGACGAGGCGGACGACUGGCGCGAGCCGCCCCUCCGUGUUGUGCGUCCGGCGUGGGCACCCUGCGCCGCACCGGCAGUGACCUGGCUCGGCCACGCCAGUGUCCUGCUUCGUAUCCCGUGGCAGACACCGCCUUCCGCCGACCCAGUGUCUAGCCAGCUGCCAGCGGACAUGUGUUCCAUCCUGUUCGACCCAAUCUUUUCGCAGCGCUGUUCUCCCGUGCAGUCAUUCGGGCCUGCGCGAUACCUCGACCCGCCGUGUGGUGUAGACCAGCUCCCGCCCAUCCAUGCUGUUCUGAUUUCUCACGAUCACUACGACCACCUCGACUACAACACGAUCUUGGACUUGUGGGCCUUCCACCACCGCACGGUGCAGUUCUUCGUCCCCCUCGGGCUCGGCAAGUGGUUCCACUACUACUCUGGCGUGCCUGCGCAUCGAGUGACGGAGCUGGACUGGUGGCACGAGACGCUCGUCAGCUUUACGUCCACGCCUGGGUCGCCAGAUGGGGAGGAGGACCUGACUGGCGAGGGCGAGGGCGAUGGUGCCGAGGGCGAAGGUGAGGGAGCCAAGGAGCCAACAACGCAGCAUCCGCCCUCCCAGCCCGGGGGCGGCCCCAUUGGUGCGCCGGAAGUCGACGCCGACGCGCAAGUCGACAAGUCAGCCAGCCUGAAUCUGAAGAUCGUCCUGACUCCCGCCCAACACCGCAGCGGCCGCGGCCUGUUCGACCAGAUGACGACGCUGUGGGGCUCCUGGGUCGUCGGCGUCAUUGACCCCGCCCAGACCUCCCCCGACCCGCUCGAACCAGGCAUGCUGAACUGGAAGGGAUGGAAGGCCUUCUUCGGCGGCGACACGGGAUACCGCUACGCCGGCGCCGAGGACGACCCCGAGGCCGUAUGCCCGGCCUUCCGCGAGAUUGCCGAGUUGUAUGGCCCCUUUGACCUCGCCCUCUUGCCACUGAGCACGGGAAGCUCCCUGCCCUUCCUCCGCAAAACGCUCAAUAUCUCCCUCGACCAGUACACCAUGACGUCUGCCAUGCACUGCAGCCCAGAGGACAGUGUCGAGAUCCACAAGCUGCUCCCCGCCAAGCGCUCCUUUGGCAUUCACUGGGGCACGUUCUCGGAUGUGAGCGAGACGCGCGCGAGCAGAGUCACCUUCGGACGGGCUCGCAGAGAGGCAGGUCUCAGCAAGCGGUGGCCCGACAAGAACUGUUUCGUCAUUGCCGACAUUGGCGAGACGCUCGUGUACCCGAAGGACGACUAG